GAGGCGACAGUCUUCAAUGAAUGGUACGGAAUAUGUUUACUUAGGAUUUUAGGGUAUAACACGUGUGUCUGUGUGCUUUAGCCAUUUGGGAAUACAUCCAUGACAUUAUAUUAGAUACAGAAACUUGUUGUUUCGAAAAUAUACAUUCGAAAUCAUCAAUUAUUAGACGAAACACGCAUAGUCUAAGCUACUGAAACGUGACUACCGAAACAUGGUGUUUAGUUAAGAUGUUAUUGGUGGAGCUGAAAGACAACAUUGCCACAGAUAUUACAUAGGAUAUGUAUUGUACAGUAAAUGUUGAAACACCUCUACCCUACCAUGGGAAGUAAACCGGUUUGCCACUCUUGGGACCGAACAGAGACGUGAUGUCAUUGUCUAAUGGGUCCCUCUCUGGGUCCCUGUCAGGGUCCAGUUCUGGAGGACUGCUGCGGCCCUCAGGGAGCACCAUGGAGACAGGGGGGACAAUUAGUGGGCAGCAGACAGGAUCCCUCAUAGGCUCCACAUCACAGUCUGCCACCAAGCCAAAGUCCAUGAAAGAGGAGGAGGAUGAAAUACUCAGGGAAAUUUGCAGUGUUAAUGGACUAAAUUACAACAAAAUAGAGAAUGGAGAGGUUUUUACUUGUACUGUGCUUGAGAUGUUCUUCUCUGGGAUGCCGAGGAUUGUGGCAAUGAGACACUUCCCCAACGUGACCUGCCUGACCGUUGUCGACCAACAGAUACAGAAGAUUGAGGGCCUGUCAUGUCUAACUAACCUCAAGGAACUCUGGAUCAGCGAGACAGAGGUCAAGAGAAUAGAAAGUAUUGGUUCUUUAAAGAAACUGCAGAAGUUGUACUUAUUUUGCAAUAAGAUCAGUAAGAUAGAGAAUUUGGAUCACCUAGUGGACCUGGAGGUGCUAUGGCUCAACAGCAACAGUAUAGUCCACAUAGAGAACCUUUCAUCUUUAUGCAAACUGAGAGAGUUGAAUCUUGCACAAAAUUGUAUUACCAAAAUAGGUCAUACGUUAGAUGCCAAUCAGAGUAUAGAAGACCUCAACCUGUCAGGAAACAACAUAUCAUCCUUACGGGACCUGACCCACCUGAUGCGACUGUCCAAGUUAAAGAGCCUAAGUAUGAAGGACCCAAACUACUCGCCGGCGCCAGUCAGCCUGCUCUGUAACUACUCCACACAUGUACUGUACCACAUGCCCCACUUGGCAACACUGGACACUUACGACGUCAGCAAGUCUAUUGUGGACAUGGCCGAGACAACAGUGAUGAAAAAGAAAAUGUAUUACAACAUGAGGGUGAAAACAGUGAGGAGAAAUAUGGUUGACAUUUUAUCCAAGAUGGAAAUAUAUAAACAACGUUUACACGAAUUUCCUCGUGAGCGGAUUCGUGCAUUAGCAAGUGCGAUAAAAGAGGUGCGAUCAGAACUUGAGGAAAUGCAUGAUUUCAACAUUUUGGUGCCUGUGCGCAAAGCCUCCAACUCAUCUAAUGAUGAGGAGGAGGAGCAAGAGGAUGAGGAUGCUGAACUUGUUUUGACAGUUGAAAUAGAGAACCAGGCAAGAUUACAGCAUCUGGACGAGAAUGGGGCCUUUGCUGCAAAACUGACAGCAAUAAAGGAAAGAAUGAAAAAAUGGGAGAAGAAAUCUGCAGAGAUAGAAAGUUUUAUGAAGGAGGCAGUAAAACAGUUACAGCAGAGCUGUGAUACCCUAGUCAAUAGAAUGGUCCUAGAGCUGGAGUCCGGGGGCAAUGUACGGUUUGAGGAGGGGACAACAUCAGAUGUGUGGUUUUCCUCGUGUCAUGACCUAGUGCUAUCUCGAUUUUGUGCUACGGAUUUCAAGGAUCAUGGCAUAUCUGGUGUUAAGAUUCACCGCAUCAUACGAGUCCACAACCGAAUGCUGCGAACCCAGUUUGAUGAGAAGCUAGUGACAAUUGUGGAUGACGGAGAUGGGGAGUACUAUCCUUGUAAUAGAAACACAUCCUAUAAGAAGCAGUUGGAGUACUUGUUUUGGAUGUGGGACCCACUACUGCUGGGCGGGGUGCAGGAACCAAUGAGAGUGCUAGAGGAAGGUUAUAUGGACUCCAACACUUACAAGGACCUGGGACGAGACGGAGCUGUGCCUCUCAGUAACAGCCUGAGUCUGGCUGACCGACACCGGAUCAAACAUCUCACCAAAACCUCCAACAAAGUAGAUGCUUGUCCUUUCAGAUAUGGUCACCUGAUUAUAUCAAAGGUCUACUUGGGUAAAAGUGUAAAGGCAAUGGACGAUCGACAAAUAACAAGAUCAUCAUAUCCAAAAAUUGAUGCUGUAUUUAAACCUAGGAAAAUGUGCCAAGGAAUAGAAUCCCACGGAGAUGGUUCCAACUCCUGUGAGUGCAGUGCUCGACAAUGUGAAUGGUACAUAUUUGAUAAUGAGUUAGUGCUGCCAGAGUACAUAGUGGAGUUUGAGUAUGUAACAAAGUUCCGGCCCAGAUCACCAUUCUCUUAUUUCAAUGACCUACUGUUAGACAAUCGUGAGUGUAAGCUGCCAGCCGUCCCUCAUGGGGAGGAGGAGAAACAGACAGAUGAUGAUGUUCUCAAUAUGGAGCCUGUCCCAAAACAAAGACCAAGGAUGGUUGGUCUAACAGAAGAACUACUGCUGAAGGCUGCUAAUACAGACUCUCUGGAGAAUAUCACUGUCCUAAACUUGCAUGGUAAUGGUCUAACAAAGCUACGAUCCUUACAGGCUCUCAAGUCUCUACGGAGACUAGUGGUCAGUUUCAAUGACCUCACCAAGCUUGAUGACUUGGCUUAUACGAGUUUAGAAUACUUGGAUGCAGGCUUCAAUAAAAUUUCAACGUUGGAGGGAAUGAAGAAUAUGUACAAACUCAAGUUCUUGGACCUGAGCUGGAACAAGUUGCUACAUACGAGGGAUGAGUUGUCCAUUCUAAGGAAACACAUCUGUAAUCUUGUCACACUGGACCUCCGAAGCAACAACUGGCAAAAGCCUGAAAAUCUAAGGUUACGUGUGAUUGGUCGCCUUAAGUCCUUGACCUUGCUAGACGGAUCAGCUGUGACUGAAAAUGAGGCUACAUCAGCUCUACGAGUGGCUGCGGGGUCCAGGAUUUCCCAGCUGUCUCUCCUGACUCAUGGCCGCACGGACGAAUCAAAGCCACGCUCUCUCAAUCUAUUAGGCAUUGCUCAAAUACUAGAGAAAAUGAGUCGAUUGAAACCAGAGAAGUUUGGGGAAUCUGAUAGCCAGUGGUACAGCAAGGUAACCACACUGAAUAUGGACAAUCAACACAUUACUAAGCUGUCUGGCCUAGAGAGGAUGGACAACCUGAAAUACGCCACCUUUAACAACAACGACAUCACUAAGAUUGAGGGACUGGACCAGUGUACCAGCUUGGAGGAGCUGUCCCUGGAGAACAACUGUGUGGCACGACUGGAGGGCAUUUCUAAACUCGUAAAUCUGCGGAGACUGAGUUUAGGUAGCAAUUAUAUCACAUCCGUGGAGAAUGCAGGGCUCCAGUUCCUGGUUCUAUUGGUGUACUUAUCUAUGGAGAACAACAAGCUCACCUCACUGGCAGGGAUGCAGAAAAUGUCUAGUCUAGUGGAGCUCUACGUGGGCAAUAACCUCAUCUACAGUGUGAGAGAAGUGUUCUACCUAAAGGUGCUAUCAAAUCUGGUUAUACUGGACCUGUUUGGUAACCCUGUGGCCACGGAGAUAGACAAUUACCGCUUGUUUGUCAUCUACCAUCUAAAGAACCUGAAAGCGUUGGAUGGCGUGGCUAUAAUCAUGAAGAGAGUGGGCCAGUUGGAGGCCACAGAAGGGAGCAUGGCUAAAGAUACAUUUGGAGGCCGCCUCACUCCAGACUUCGUGGCAGAGAAAUUAAGCCACUCCAACUUCCAGGAUGUACGCGAGCUUGAUCUCCCCAACUGUUCCAUCAGGAUUGUCGACCUUGGAGCUGGGGAUACCUUCAUCAAUCUGCGCAGUGUAAACCUAGAACAUAACAAUCUGACCUCCUUCAGUGGCCUAAUCCACCUGCCAAACAUACGAGUGCUUUGUCUCAACCACAAUCAUAUAGAGUGCAUCAUGCCAAAAUCCAAACCUGUUCCAAGACAAAAGACCCAAGUCACCAUGGCCAAUGUCAGGAACCUCGACUUUCUUAACGACGGAAAUUUGACCCCUAUUAUGGAGAAUCUUGAGGUGCUUCAUUUAGGUUACAAUAGCAUCAAGGACAUGGCUACGUUACAGCUGAGCCGGCUUACUUCACUGAAGGCUCUCUUCCUUCAAGGAAACGAUAUCACUAAAGUGGAGGGUAUUGAGGGGCUACAUGAUUUACGAGAACUGGUGCUAGACAGGAACAGGAUCAAGAACAUCUCCGAGAUGUCAUUUGCCAACCAGUGGAACUUACAGGAGCUCCACAUGGAGGAGAACCGCAUCCGGGACCUGUCCAAUCUCAACUGUAUGGAACAUCUUCAGAGGAUGUACCUAGGGUCCAACCGUAUACAGGAAGUGUCAGAGCUACAGAAACUGGAGGGCCUAGUGAAUUUGAUUGAAAUAUCUCUUGUCAACAAUGCUGCUGCUCGUCGACACCUGCAUCGCCCAAUACUGGUAUUUAAGCUGAAGCAGUUACUGGUGAUUGACGGACUACCGGUCAGUGAGGAAGAACGGACGAAGGCAGAACUCUACUUCAUGGACCAACAGCCGGUGAUGACUGCCCAGGGGCCAGUGUCAGAUGGCACGCUGCCUGGCAUCGGUCAAUACAAGACCCAGGUACCGGUCAAAGUGACCACAAUGAACCUGGGGACCUCCCCUAUGUGGAAUGGUGGCGUGAUGUAUGACAACGAACCUACGGAUUCCAUGCAGAGAGUGGUCAGUACUGGAGGUGGUCGUCGCCGGGCAACCAAGGGGUCAGAAAACGGUAAUGGUGUUGGUCUCAAUCGAGGCAACACAGUGGUCAACAUGCAACAGGGUCAAGGUUACGGUGGCUUCUCCUACACCACAAACGCUGGCAACCGGCCGCAGUUCUAUCUCAAUCAAAUACCCUAUGUCAACCCACCCACACAGUCUGAGUAUGUUGAGUGGUUUUCAAGGAUAAAUCAGGCCAAGAAUAACAAGAGAUAACACCAAGGGCAGACAACUUGUGUGGAGAGCACUGGACUUCUUGUUAUGUAACUUGCUGUACUGCUGAAAGCACAUUCUGAAUGGAUAAAUAUGGAAGUGGUUAAAGCAUUACAAACGUUGGCGGACUAAUCAUCUCCUUCACUAGACCUCUAAGGAUUUCAGUGAAAUUGCCCAAUAGAAGUACAAUGUUAAAUAUUUCCCUCACUAGGAUCAAAACUACUUGUGACUGGAGACUGAGGGUGUACCCCACCCGUGUUACAGGGGUAGGAUUCCACUAACAAGCUUCCCUGACACUGUGCAAUACAUACUGGACAUGCAAUUAUCUCAUCAUGCCGUUUGUAGAUGAUCUCUUAGUGGCCUUGACCUUUGACUGACCUUUGAUCUUCUGACUGUUCAGUCACCUAUGUGUUCAUUUAUAUUAUAUAUAGUGAACUAAUUACAAUUAUGGUGAUAUCACACAAAUAUUCAUGGAAGGAUGUGAUUGACUGUAUGUAUAAGUGUGCCUAGCAUAUGUACAUGAUGCCAUAAAUAAACUUCAUUGAUAUGGAAACCAUUUACCUCAUCUUCAUUGAAACCAUAUGAACUAUGACCCAGCUACUGUUGAUACCUCUCACAUGGGUCAUAAAUUGUCACAAAAUUGGAUGAGUUUCUCGUUUAAAAGUAUUUAUUGACCUUGGUUGUGACACUUUAUGUAAUAUUUAUAUUACCGGUAAAUGUGAUAUUUCUAUUUGUUGCCCACAAUAUUUAUCUGCAUGUUGAUGUUUUUUUCACACAAGUAUUUUUUCAAUUCAGUAAUUAAUUCAUAAUUGUUUUUGAUAUUUUAUGUCAAACAUAGAGUUCAUGCUGAAGAUGUAUAACAAAAACAGAGUAAUAUUAUUUGUAUUUUUCAUGUUAAAUUGAAACUUUAAAAAAGUUGGAUCAUGUGUAAAUAUUAUGUUAUGAAAUUCUUUCGGGUACAUUUAUAUAGUUCUUUUAUCUGUUGACUAAUGUUGUUAUCUAAAGUAUAGAACAAUUAUAGCGUUGUUGGUAUAUUUUUGUUCAAUGAUAAAAUUAUUAUUU